AUGUGCAGCCAGCCAUUGCAAACAUCACGAACUCAUGAUUCAAUCACUCAUCGGGCCGCUCCUCAUCCGCUCAACGCCGUUCGCACAUCACACUCGCUCCUGAUUAGCUUCGACGUUCGACACUUCGACCCAACUUCCUUUCUCUCUACGGUCGAUAUGGAAGAUGUUAUUGUUGACAAUCAUGUUGAGGUUGACAAUGAAGAAAGUGAAAGUGAUGACUCAAUUGAAGAAGUUGAAGCACCAAAUGAAUCACAAGGAGUUGAGAGAAGUGAAAGCGGUACCGGUAAUCUACGUCGCCAUCGAAGGAGAUGUGAAGAUAAUAAUACUAGAGACAUUGGCCAAUAUAUGAUUUCCGAUAGCCAAGGUGUAAUGGAUUUGAGAAAUCCAAAGUUUAGUCAAGAAAGACUAAGGGAAUUGUUGAUUGAAGCUGUUAUUAGACAUGACUUGCCAUUCUCCUUUGUUGAGUAUGAAGGAAUUAGAAAUAUUUACAAAUAUUUGGAACCAAAUUCCAGUCAUAUUUGUAGGAACACAGCAAAGGCAGACAUUAAAAAGUUACAUGCAAGUCAUUGUGUUAGACUUCGUGGCGAGUUGCUUAAAUGCCCAAGUAGAAUAUGCUUAACUUCUGAUGCUUGGACAUCAAUUGUUACAGAUGGUUAUUUGAGUUUGACUGCCCAUUAUGUUGAUAGCAAGUGGGUCUUACAGAAGAGGAUUUUAAAUUUUUCUGAAUUCCCUCCUCCACAUUCUGGUGUUGCUAUUGCUGAAAAGCUUAGUGGCUUGAUCAAAAGUUGGGGAAUUGAAAGGAAGUUGUUUUCUAUCACUUUGGAUAAUGCUUCCUCUAAUGAUGUUUGUGUUGGAUUGCUUAAGAAUCAAUUUCGUUUGAUGAAUUCUUUAGUAUAUGAUGCUAUAGCCGUGGUGUUUGAUCCUAGAUAUAAGUUGUCGUUUAUUGACUUUUGCUAUAAAAAACUCUAUGGAGAAGGUUCAUCACAAUUUAAGGCUAUUGAGAGUGCCUUUUAUGAACUUUAUGAUGAAUAUGUGCAAGCUUCAAAAAAUGCAACAACAUCCGACUCGACAUCACAUCAAGGGAGCAACGACAACAUUAGACAAAGUAAUGUUGGGGGAGAGUCUAGUCAAAACAACAUUCUUGAGGAGUUUGACGAAUAUGAUAAUGAUGAUCCGGGUUCCAACACCACAAGUCAAUUGCAUGUAUACCUUCUUGAGCCAAGAGCUAAAAGAACUUCUUCCAUUAACAUGCUUGAGUUUUGGAAAGCCCAACAGUCGGGAUUGGUUGUUUGGAGAAAAAGUUGAUUUGCAUGUGGCUAUUGACAACCUAACUCAAAAUGUAAUGAAUUUGAACAUCAAUGAAGACAAUAUGGAGGUUACAAAUUCGAACAUACUUUAAGGUGUCAUUUGGUUAUCUUGAAGAAGUUGGUGUUGGAGGAAGAAAUGAGAAUUGUAGCAUGAAUGAAUUAUCACAUUUGUUUUUUUAUAUGUUUGAACAAUUGCAUUUUUCAUGAAUGUUUUGAUUUUUAGAGUUUUAUUUGGAUGUUUAUGACUUUAUGUUUAAUGUUUAUUUUGGAUGUUUAUGACUUUAUGUUUAAUGUUUAUGACUUUUAGACUUCA